ACUAGUAAAUAAAAUAACCUCAAAAGUUACCUCCGGCCUGGCCCUAGCAUUUCAGGUUGUAAACAUUGUUUUAUUUUUAAUAAAUAAUAGAUAACUUGAGACAAAAAGGACGAAUUAAUCACAAAAAAUGGCAGAGCAAGUAAAUCAACGUAUAGAGGAAAUGAUAAAUGAGCUGGAGCAGAUGCGAAGAACUAAUUUAUUCGACGAUGAAGAAAUAAGGGAUAUAUCGCGGAAACGUAAAGAGUUUGAGUACAAAUUACAAAGAAGGGUAAAACAGAAAGAAGACUUUGUUCAAUAUUUAGCUUACGAAUUGGCCUUGCUAGAAGAUAUAUCAUUAAGACGAGAGCAAGCCAAACUCACUGAAAAAAAGAACGAUAUUGAGUAUGCUAUAGCAAAGCGCCUAAACAAAGUUUUUAAGCAGUUCAUAUAUAGGUUUCAAAAUGAUAUUGAGAUCUACUUUGAAUAUAUAAAAUUUUGCAAGAGUGUUGGUUUUGAACAAGCUAUAUCUACAAUAAUAGGUCAAAUGUUGCAGAUACAUGGCGACAAACCCAAAAUGUGGCAAUUGGCAAGCAAGUGGGAGAGAAUUGAGCAAGAGAACCUGGCCACUGCUAAGCAGUUCCUUCUCAAGGGCAUACACAGACAUCCAGAUUCUGAUGUUCUUUAUUUAGAACUCUUUGAAACAGAACUGUUGAUGUAUUUCAAAGCUGAAUCAGAAGAAGAAAAGGAGAAACAAAUCAAAAUUGCAGAUGUUGUCUGGCGAAACGGAAUUACAAAUAUCCAUGAUGUAACAUUCUUGUUCAACCUCUGCGAUUUGUGCUUGAAGUAUGAUGCACACCAAUCAAUUACAGAUGAAAUAAAAAAAACAAUAUGGUCAAAAAGAGACCAAAAAGAAGUAUGGUCUUAUAUUGCAGCUAAGGAAUUAGAGGGUACUCAUUGGGAGGAAAUUGAAGAAUUUCUACAUGAAGAUUCACAUUUUCCCAAAAAACUUACGAAUUUCAUGAGUGUUUAUGAAGAGGCUUUACAAAAGUUUUUAGAUCAAAACUUAUGCACCAAAUACAUUCACAAUCUACUAGGAGUUACUGACUCCAUAUGCAGUGACAACCAAAAGAUUGAUGCUGUGAAGCAGGCAUGGCUAUUUGGACAUGAACAUGGCUUGCUGACCAAUGACAUGUAUGAAUUUGGCCUUGAAUUUCUGAAGCUGGAAGAUCAGUCACAAGAGGAACUCAAUGAGAUUUUAGAUGCAGCAUCAAAAGCAAAUCCACAACUAGUUUGUAUAUGGAAAGAAAAACUGUUACUGAAAAAAUCAGAUGAUAAAGCCAUGUUAUCUGUUCUUCAAGAAGCCUCCAAAGUGUUGAAAACAAAUGAUGCACUAGCUCUGUGGAAUCUCACAUUAGAUCACAUUAAUUCAGAUGAAACAUUAAAAACAUUGCACAAGAGAUUCCAGAAUUGCGAGAAUGUUGUUGUGUUGGCCAUCAAACCUAAACUCCUUCAAAAGGUCUAUGAUCAUAAUGGACUAAAGGCAGCUAGAGAUUUGUAUGAAGACUUAAUUAGAACUCCACCAACCCAACUUGAAGUACAUCAAAUAAUGAUAAGUAUAGAGAAAAGUCAAGACAAGUUGAAUGUAAAAAAUAUCAGGAAAUACUAUGAGUGUGCCAUUCAACAUCAUGGGAUUGAAGAUAUCAGUAUUUGGAUGGAUUAUAUGAAAUUUGAAAUAGAUUCAGGAAACAUUCAAGCACCUUCUACACUUUACAGAAGAGCUAUUGCUACUUUGAAGAAAGAACUUGUAGAUGAAUUCAUCAAAGCACAAACUUUAGCCAAAUUACAAUAAUAUGUAGGAUUAAAUGUAAAUAAUAAACUGUUGAC